AUAGUAGGGGGCGACCUAGUCUUGGUGGCUGUUCAGUGUUUGCAUUACGUCAGACAUGCGUGACCUGGCAUGCCUUUUGCGCGUUGAGCUUUCCGAGGCUUGGUGGAGGCCACGAUGUCGCUCGGAAAGGCCGUCAAGCACGCUCCAAACACAUGCUUUAGAACGAUCAGCGACCACGGUUUCAGUCGCAUGAUCGAUAUGUCUGUACUCGCUUCACUGAUGCCUUGAUAAAUGCAACCUCUCCGUGCCGCACUCGUGCUUGUGAUUCAGACUAAUUGUUCAGCUUGUUCAGACGUCGGCCUCGUGGACUUGGUUUUUUAAGUAAAGCUCUAGAGUUUCAGAUACCCCGCUUGCUCCCGCGCACAUUCGAGAUCACACUAGCGACGAUAUCUCAAACUGUACAUGGCCCUCGAUCCCCUUUGCAUGGACCCAUCAGCAACUCCGCGACGUUAUCAGCACUUGCAUGCAUCCGAUUCGCUACCUUCACUGCACCUCUGUCCGAACCGGCCCCUCUUUGUCUGUGCACGAUGUGGCUUUUCCAAUGCGCUCAUACCUAUGUGUCUCUGGUGUACAUGGAGUUCCGCGGUGGCAAAGAAAGAGUUCGAGGAGAAGUUGCCGAGGCCGCGAAGAAUGACUGCACCAUCAAAGAGGAUCUCGGCUGAUUCCACAAUAUCGAGCGCUGGUCCUGUGACUCCUCAGGGUGACCUCAUGUUCUGCGUGGAAAGCCUUCAGGUACCCGGAAUUACGGCAGUAUUGGACUCGUGUGACAGCGAGCUCGCUUGUUCACGCAAGCUUGGUGUUGCACGAAUAGUUGUGGAUGAUAUUCCCAAUGACAAAGUCGAUUCCCAAGGAGAUGGCGGCGGCAUACUCCACGACGUCACCACAGCAACACCGAUUUUGGUAAAUAUUGCAUGCCGUUUGAUACCUCAUAGAACCAGGGUUGUAUUACUGACCCUUUUGUUUAUUUAUUUUGCGCAGCCAUUGUGCCCUUCAACGGCUCCCACCAGCACGAAGCAGGUGCUUCUGGAUGGACCAUACAAACACGAAACCGUGAAGAAACAGUCGAUACGAUAUCGUCGAAAACUACCCGCUCUUUUUCUUGCGACGUCAUCGUCCGCGCACGCACACGACACUCCUCACGACUUGCCACGCAAAUCACUCAUGAUACAAGAAACGACUUCACGCUCGAACACUAGUUCCGUUUUGAUCGAUGCACCUCACGCCGCUGGCGGCGAUGUAUGCCCUGAUAGUGUCUCUCACGUUCGCGCUCUUUCCUUAGCAUCCGUCGUAUCACUUUCAGACUCCUCACAAUGUUGCCCGAAACUACGGAGGAAGAAAGGCAUACCAUCACUCAAGCGCAUGUCAUCGCUCUCAUGUCGGUCAAGAUCACAACAGUCUUCCCCCGCCAUUGAUGAUCGUACUGAAUCACCUGCGCCAUAUCCAGUGCAUGUAGCACCAACACCCUCUCCUGCGCCUUCGACUGCUAUCAGCGCAGAACCUCCCGUCCGAAUCGGCCACCCUAGCCGGCCGUAUUAUACUGCCAUUAGGAAGAACAUGUCUCGACCCAGUACCGCUGGGCAUCCUAGCUCCCUGGCACGCACGCCCUCCCCCAUUCCAUCUGAUUACGAUUAUUCACCACGCGCCACGAAAUCUCUUGACUGCGGGGAGCGUAUACCAGUGCAAUUCGGCCGAGAUUCACGGCCCAUGUCGAUGGUUCUCCCUGGACAAGCGGUACCUGUGAACCUGUUCUCUGGGUUCUCGUUAAGCGGCGAGACGGAGAUGCGGAUGAACUUGGCGAGAUGGCGAAAGGAAGAUGGUCCUGAUGAGCCAGGGGACUACCUAUUCAAGGAGACAGGUUACCGCGGGAAAGGGAUAAAGGGCAGGGUAAGGAAGCUCGGGAAGGGCUUGCGAGAUCUAGUGCUCGGCAGGUCGUGAUGUAUGUACGAACAGCUGUAAGAACAAAUCAUGCCACGAUAUAUGUACCCAUCCUGCAUACCCAUUACCCGGCUUGUCUCGCUUGUGUCCAGCUUGUAGAACUUAGAAGAGACCCGUCAAAG